UGGUGUUUAGAUUUCUUUCUGCAUGUUGUGUGAUAUUAUUUAUUAUUGUAUUUUCAAUUGUGAGUUAGUGACGCAUAAGUAUUAAUGAUGUCGGAAGAAAUUUUGUCAAAAGGCUCGAAUUAUGAGAAAGAUAAGAAUGAUUCCACGACGUUGUCGGAAUUAUUUGACAACGCUUUUGAGCUGUACAAUAGUAUCAAUGCUACUGCAGAACCAACAAACAGUUCAAAAGUACAGUUAGACAUAAAACGAGCAAUGCGUAUGUUUGAGGAUGCAACAAAACUGGUAUCUAUGGUGGAUAUGUUUAGCGACAAUGAAACUUUCGAGGAAGUGGCUACAGAGAAUAUCAAAUACUUUUUAUUACCAGCUUUGUUAGGCAAGCUCACCAAUCAGAUAUGCAUCACUGAUGACAGAAUGCAUCUUGUUAAAGUAGCAGAAGUCUAUUUUGUAGACUUUUUAAAGAGACUGAAAGCAUAUGGUUUGACAGACAUUAAAAUACCAGAAAUCAGUUCAACCGACGAAAAGAAUAAAGUAGCAGAUCAUAAUACACCGGAAUCUUCAUCAAAAAUGUUAGAGAAUAUGGUGAUUCGUAGAAAUACAAAGAUACAAAGAUAUCAGCAGGAAAAAGAUUUGGAAUCUCGUUUGGAUACUUUGAAGAAAAAUUUGGACAAUCCAAAUAUUGACGACGAAAUCAAAAGGGAAUAUUUUGUUACUCUUUUAAAAUUAUACGUGGUUCGAAUUGUUGAGGAAUUAAAUUUAUUAAAGACAGAGAAAGAAAUAUUAGAGAACAUGAAGAAAAUGGAACCGAUGCACACUUUACCUUCUGAAUCACAAAGGACUCAGAAGCAAAGAUCGUCGGCUCCAAAACUGCAACCCAUUAUCAUUACGCGUAACGAGAUGCAAAAGAAAGUUUAUGGAGCGGGUUAUCCAAGUUUACCAGUCUUAACGGUACAGGAGUUCUAUGAACAAAGAGUCAAAGAUGGAGAUUGGCCUGAUCCAUCGCAGCAUAAUGCAACAAAUUCUCAGUGUCUUCAAGAUAUGGCGAACAAAGAUACGAGCGCGAACAAUGAGGACAGCGAAGCCGUUUUGAAGGAGGAGAUGGAAGAAAAUGAUGAUUCUGAAUAUCUCGAACGAACGCGUGCAAUGGAUGAAUAUAAAGACACGCAUCGUCGCGGAUGGGGUAAUCGUGCUAAUAGAAGUUAGACGUACGAGAAAAUAUACAAGCUUAAUAAAUGUUAUUUUAUACCCCAGUAUGCGUUUUUUUUAUGUUUUCAUUUGAUUUUUGAAACUGUGACUCACGAGUCACAUUUUAUCAAAUUUGCGAACAAUUACGAGUUUAUCUUGAGACAGUAAAAUAAACCAGCAAAAUGAGUCCUGCAAGCGUGGAAGAUAUUUAAGACAAAUCUUUAAAACAAAUUAUUAAUGUAUAUAUGUACGUGUGUCUCAUUCCUCUAAUUAAACAACCUCUUUAUGAUUAGUAAUUGUACAGUAUUCCUCGAGAUAAUUAAUGCGCAAUAAUAUUAAGCGUCUAGCAGGGUGCCCGCCUCGGUAAACUUACAAACAUACAUUUUUGUAAUGAAAUGAAUAAUAAUUUAGUAUCUCCUUGAAAUCGUUGACUGAAAUAAUUUUCGUUGAUGUCGAAAAUGUUUGCAAAGUUAUAUUUUAUGUUUCCGCAUUGUGUGUGUAUAACAAGAUUCCAUCGAAUACGCAAUGGAGAAACCAGUGGGGUUCUUCCUACUUAACAUUAAGCGCGCUAUUGUUAUCAUUGCAAGAAAUAAAAUCAUGAAUUAUUUAAUACGAA